GUUGUCAGUAACAUUAAGGGGCGAUGUGGCACAGCUGUAACCCUGUCGAAAUCCAGAUUGAGUAGGGGGUAAGAUAUCAAAGCAAGUUAAAUAUUGCUUUAUGUGGUCAUUCAUUAUUUUCUCCAAGACCUUUUACAGCUCCGGCAAUAUACUUAUUGGGCGCAAGUCCUUAUAGCUUUUCGGAUCAGUUUUCUUUAGUAAUGGGAUCCAAAUUUUCGGAAAUUCGUUAUGUCUUUGAUGCUUUGCCAUAUGCCUGGCGUAGCCGCCUCUUCCAGAAUUUGAUCAACUAUCGUGGGGAUGUGUCCCUGGACUCUGGUUGUUGAAGAAGACCCUGAUCCAGAUUGGACUCUGCUAUACUAUUUACGAAGCAAACUUAUGUUAUGUGGGACAAAACUAGGAUGUGGAGAAGGCGGUUGUGGAGCAUGUACGGUUAUGAUAUCUAAGUAUGAUCGAGAAAAAAACAAAGUGGGUCAUUUAGCAAUAAAUGCGUGCUUAGCACCAGUUUGUUCGAUGCAUGGUUUGGCAGUAACGACUGUGGAAGGCAUUGGAUCUACGAAAACCAAGAUUCAUCCAGUCCAGGAAAGAAUGGCUAAAUCACAUGGAAGCCAGUGUGGUUUUUGCACACCUGGAAUUGUAAUGUCCAUGUAUACCUUGUUACGAAAUAGUCCUCUUCCGAAAAUGAAAGACUUGGAAAAAACGUUCCAGGGAAAUCUAUGUAGGUGUACUGGAUACAGGCCAAUAAUUGAAGGAUUCAAAACUUUUACUGAAGAUUAUGAGGUGAUGCAAACAGAAUCACUAAUUGUUAACGGGAAAUGCCGAAUGGGCGAUCAAUGCUGUAAGCAAUCCAAUGGGUGGGAUUUGAAUGGCGACUCUGAAAUAGAUAAACUCAUACCUACUAAUGUAUUUACACCAUAUGAUCCAUCACAAGAACCCAUAUUUCCACCUGAGCUUAAAAUGUAUGAUACCCUAGACACACAAAACCUGACCUUUAAAAGCGUCGAAGUCACUUGGUUUCGUCCUAUUGCGCUUGAAGAUCUGUUAAAACUGAAAUCUAAACAUCCUAAAGCUAAGAUCGUAAAUGGUAACACAGAGAUUGGCGUCGAAAUCAAGUACAAACACCAGCAUUAUCCAAUACGUGUACAUGCAAGUCAUAUUCCAGAAUUAUGUCAUGUCAAAAUUGAGACCACAGGAAUAGUGUUUGGUUCGGCAGUAACCUUAACUAAUGCGACCAAUGUUUUAAUGGAGCAAAUUAGAACACGGCCGCCGUAUCAGACGGGUAUAUUUUCCGCGCUCGUGGAAAUGCUUCAUUGGUUUGCAGGGCAGCAGAUUCGAAACGUUGCUUCUAUCGGCGGAAAUAUUAUAACUGGGAGUCCUAUUUCGGAUUUGGUUCCCAUUCUGAUCGCGUCCGAAGCCGUAUUAGAGGUUAAAAGUGUGAGGGGCGUCCGGCAAAUCGUAAUGAACGAAAACUUUUACUCGAGCUACCGCACUACUAUUUUAAACGAUGACGAGGUGCUGGUUUCCAUUAUAGUUCCAUGCACAAAAGAAAAUCAAUUCUUUUGCUCCUACAAACAAGCUCGAAGAAGAGAUGAUGACACCGCAAUUGUCAAUUUUGCCAUUAACGUAACAUUUAAAGAAAAUACCAUAGAAACUAUUAAAAUGGUCUUCGGCGGAAUGGGCGCAACUGUUCAGGUGCCAUCCAAAACGUGUAAAGCAUUGGUUGGUAGACCUUGGAACCAAGAGACCUUAGACGAGGCCUUAGACACUUUAAUAGAAGAUCUUCCGCUCUCCCCAAAUGCUCCCGGCGGCAUGACUCAGUAUAGACGUUCGCUGACAUUAAGCUUGAUGUUUAAGGCAUACUUAGAAAUCUCGAAUAAAUUAGAUAACACUAAAGUUAAUCCUAGAGAUUUAAGUGCAAUAGAACCAUAUCAGUACAACAUCCCCAAAAGUUCACAACUCUUCAGUAUUUCACCUCAGAAUCUAAAAACGCGCAUAGUCGGCCAUCCCAUUCCCCACGUCUCUGCAAUUCAACAGUCAACCGGCGAAGCGAUUUAUUGCGAUGAUAUUCCCGAAUAUAAAAAUGAAUUGCAUCUGGGGUUAGUUCUAAGUACGAAAGCGCACGCUACCUUCACAAUGGAUCCAGCUGACGCUUUGAAAAUGAAAGGUGUUCACCUAUUCCUUUCCGCUAAGGACUGUUCUACUGGCAAGGUUUUCGUAGAGAAAAUAGUAACAUCGCAGGGCCAAAUGCUUGGAGCAAUUGUUGCCGAAACUAAAUCGCUCGCCCAGAAAGCUGCGCGAAUGGUGCGAGUAACCUACCACGAGCUUCGUCCAGUUAUUAUUACAAUUGAGGACGCGAUAAAACAUAAUUCAUAUUUUACAGAUGUUCCUAGUGUUAUAGAAACGGGAAAUGUCACCGAAGCUUUUGCAGUUGCCCCGCACGUAAUAGAAGGUGAAUGCAGAUCCGGUGCCCAAGAACACUUCUACUUAGAAACCCAAUCAGCACUUGUAGUCCCAAAAGAUGGUAAUGAACUGGAAGUGUUUAGUGCUACUCAAGCCCCGCAUUUUGUGUCUAAAAUGAUUGGUGACGUACUACAAAUACCUCAACACAAAAUUAACGUUAGGGUCAAAAGACUCGGAGGGGGUUUUGGUGGUAAAGGGCGUCCAUCAGUAUUGUUUGCAGUUCCCGUGGCUUUAGCUGCUUAUCGUUUAGGUAGGCCAGUCAGAUGUAUGCUAGAUAGAGAUGAAGAUAUGUUAAUAACUGGCAGCAGACAUCCAUUUUACAUAAAAUACAGCACGGCAUUCGACGACCAAGGGAAAAUACUUGCUUGCGAAAUAUACAUGUACAACAACGCCGGAUACUCAAAGGACACCUCUGACUUGGUAAUGCAAAGGGCUUUGUUUCAUUUUCAAAACGCGUACAAACUUCCUAAUGUGCGCGCCCACGGUUAUCUCUGCAAAACAAAUUUACCGUCCAAUGGAGCAAUGCGAGGUUUCGGUGCACCUCAAGGUAUGCUAGCGGGUGAAUUUAUGGUGAGGAAAAUCGCCGAAUUUCUGGGCAAAGACCCACUUGAAGUUACUGAACUCAACAUGUAUCGUGCUGGCGACAGUACACAUUAUAAACAAAAAAUCGAGAACUGUACUGUCGAUCGAUGUUGGACGGAAUGUAUCGCAAAUUCAAAUUAUUACCAACGAAAAUUGAAUGUCCAGAAGUUUAAUAGAGAAAACCGGUGGAAAAAACGUGGCAUUGCGGUGGUGCCUACAAUGUAUGGUGUCGGUUACGGCUACGGCCGUCCAACAUUUCAACAAGCAGGUUCCUUAGUUAACGUGUAUACUGACGGAUCGGUACUGUUAACACAUGGAGGCGUCGAAAUGGGCCAAGGUCUACACACAAAAAUGAUACAAGUGGCUAGCACAGUGUUGGAAAUAAAUUACAAUAAAAUACACAUAAGUGAAAUAUCUACCGCCACGGUACCAAAUGCUGUUCCAACUGCUUCAAGUAUUUCUGCAGAUCUUAAUGGAAUGGCAGUUUUGUAUGCUUGCGAGGAAAUAAAAUCUCGUCUAGAACCCUUUAAAUUGGCAAAUCCCAAAGGAAAGUGGGAAGAUUGGGUGACGGCAGCGUAUACGAACAGAGUAAACCUCUCCGCCACAGGGUAUUAUAAAAUACCAAUCACAAGCUUUGAUUCGACCACACAGACUGGAACGUUUUACAACUAUUACAGUGCGGGUGCUGCCUGUACCGAGGUGGAAAUCGAUUGCCUCAGUGGAGAUCAUCGGAUACUAAAAACUGACAUAGUAAUGGACGUAGGAGAUAGUUUAAACCCAGCUGUAGAUAUUGGACAGAUCGAAGGUGCUUUUAUGCAAGGCUACGGUUUGUACACGCUCGAAGAAAUGAUGUAUGCACCAGAUGGUACCACGCUCACUAAGGGCCCGGGAACGUACAAGUUACCCAGUUUUACGAAUAUUCCAACAGAGUUUAACGUUGCGCUGCUCAAAGGAGCUCCCAAUCCCAAAGCAAUAUAUUCAUCUAAAGCUAUUGGGGAACCACCACUUUUCUUAGCCAGUUCCGUUUUGUUCGCGAUACGAGAGGCAAUUAAAUCGUCCAGAGAGGACGCCGGAGUUCCUGUCACUGAUUUUACUCUGUUUCCGCCCGCCACAUCGGCUAAAAUACGAAUGGCAUGCGAAGAUAUUCUGACUAUGAAGUUGGACAAGCCUGAACCUGGUUCUUUCAUUCCAUGGAAUGUGGAUGUCUGACAUUCGGAAUGAGAAUUCAAACAAUAAGCAAAUGUCUCAAGAAUUGCGGAUAUUUGUGAAAAAUGUCCUUAGAUAUUUCAAUAAUUUGUUCGCAUAUACAUGCAACAUAGAUUAAUUCAGUUAGUUUGUUUAAAAUAAGUCUUCAAGCAAAAUUUUAUUAUGCUUUGUCUUAUACACGGUGGGCCGUGUAACUGUUUUGGUUGUAAAAGCUGCCAUGUUAAUAUUUGUUGAGAAAAGACCCUUUUUAAUAAAAUAAUCAAUUUGUACAGCGCCACGAUGCAGAUUUGCAAUACAAGUGUUGACGAAAAGUUGUGCCUUCAGCUUCAAUAAUAAUAAAGUUUGUUGUGAUCGUUAAUAAAUUUGUCUCACUCAUA